AUGUCAGUCGCUUCUGCAUUGCCCCUCCUUUCGCCUCUGGUGACCCGCAUCCUCCAGCUUUCCGGCUUUCCACCUCAGCUCAAGACCAGAGACCUCCAACAAGUGUUUUCGGCGUACGAGGACGAAAAGGGAGGCUACAAGAUCAAGUGGGUCGAUGACACCACCGCUCUUAUCAUCUUUGCCGACCCUGCCACUGCGAAGAAAGCCUACCUCCGCACCAUAAUGGCCCCUCCGCAGCAGCUCAUCAACGACAAUGGUGUCCCCGCAAACAUCAAGCCCUACGACGGAGACGAUGCCAGCGCCAUCAUCUCCAGUGUCAUGAGCCGACAGCGUUCCCGUUCCAAUGCCGGAGGUGUUAUGGGCAGCCCGACAAAACAGCCUGCCGAGCUCGUCGCACCUUCCACGCCCGACAGCUCCUCAAGACCUCUUCGCACACACGCACACACGCCUUCCUUUGGCCGUUCCUUCGGCCAUCGACGCCAACAGAGCGGAUCAAACCCUAACCUGCCGCCCAAGCCCGUCGCGGCAGCACUCUUCGAUGCUGCCAACGGCGGUCCUUCUCCCGCCAAUCGUGUUCUUGCAGGUGUCGACACAUUGAGCGGCAUUGCUGGCCUACCUGCCAAUCCCGUCGCUGCCGCCAGAUCCAGUCUUAUGGCCGAGUCACCUAGCAAGAUGUCCCGCAACAGCAGUCAGACUUCGGACGCCGGCCUCGAUUCCGACCUGGCCAGUCUCUCCCUUGGCGGUAGCAAGAACGGUGCCGGCAGCAGACCUGCUUCUGGUCUUGGCGGUCUGCUGUCUGCUCCUGCCAACAUCACAGGUAGCCCAGGAAAGCGCGUCAGUCCAGCCAGAACUUCGAACAGCUUGCGGACAUCUCCGCUUCCUCGCUCCCUGCCACUAGGUCCCCCUCCGGGUGUUUCGCCUGGAUCCACGUCGCCUUCAGCUGAGGCGCCGCGCGUAUCUGCAGCCACUACCACCGUGGGGUAA